AUGUUUCUGAUUUCAUUAAACGAAUUUUACUUUGAAACUUGUCUUUCAUCAGAUGGAAUAGUUCUCCUUGAUCGCUCGCGAGACAAACCUGAAGCAGAUGGAUUCUAUCAUUUAUCAAACUACGAAUUCAAUUGUUUUCGACAAUUAUCUGAAUGUUCCCAACACGGUUGGUCAUUACGAUUCAAAUUAUACCUCAAUCCAUUUCAAAUCGUCGAUCGAGAACGAAAAUUGUUAGUAUUUAGUAGUGGUGCACAUGAACCCCACGGUGAUGGCAUGUCUAUUUAUCUUUAUCAAUCUAAGAAUACAUCCUAUUUGGAAUUUGGCUUGAAAGAAUUUCGAAAUGAUCAGUUUGCGUAUUUCUGGCAAGUAGACGCUGAUUUAGAAGUUAGCAAAUGGAUCGAUGUUGUGACGAUUGUUGAUCAACGCGUCACAGCAUUUGGAAAACAUCAUCAGAUGAGCAUAUUCUUUGACGGACACUUCUAUAAAGAAACACAGAUGGAAAAUUAUACGGAAGUUUUUGCAUUUAAGUAUGCUGAAUUGCAUCCAAAAGUGGUGACAGUCUAUGGCAAUGAUACAGGAUUGAUGAAAUUCGAUGAAUUUGUUUAUUAUGAACGUGCUCUCUCAGAAGAAGAAAUUACUAAUGUAUCGUUGGAUCGUGUGGCGAUGGGUUGUUUAAAAGAAGUUGGCAUGAUUCAUCAAUAUGUUAUUCCUGAAAAAUACGAUCGAUGGCAGCAAUGCCGCGCGGAUUGUUAUGGACGAAAGAUGAAUAUUGCUUUGUAUUCGCCCUCGAAUGGUCACUGUGCGUGUAUUCAAAAUUCGUAUGAAUUGGACGCCUCAUUUAAGUAUGAUAUGACCAAUUGUCAGUGUUCAUUGGAAAAAUCAAGUAAACCGUGUCGUAAGGAUGACCAAUGGCAUGUAUUAGCAGUUUCCAAUGUAAUUGAUUUAAUCGACAGUGAAGUUGGCCUCGAGAUCCAUAUGGCUGAUUCCAGUUUUCUUACUCAUGGUCGAACGCGAGUUCAAAUAAAUGAAGGCGUCGAAAUCGUUGUUUUGAUAAAAAAUGAACGAAAUCUCGCUUCGUUGACUGUCUACGGUGACAUCGAAGGACAGGAAACAAUGAGUUCCAAUAGUUCGAAUGAAAUAUACAUUACCCCUGGCGUUGUGAACCUCUCAUGGAAAAGUGAAGGUGCAAAGAAAGUACAAUUUCGUGCUGAUUAUCGUCGCGUGGUCAACAAUGAGAUGGCUGAAUAUCGUACUGUUUAUGCCGACGUUGUUUACGUCAAAACAGAUUUGCCGUUACAAUUCGUCCACUUCACAUCGGAUAGUCGUGAUGGUCAAAAAUAUCAAAAUUUCACUGUACAAACAUUCGGAAGUGUACCAAUCAAUUGUACAGUUGAUUAUGGUGAUGGACAUCGUCAAACAAAUGGUACAAGUCGUCAUCAAUACUACACAGCUUAUUUCGCAAGAAAUUAUACGCGUUAUGGACAAUACAAUGUCACCGCUCGUUGUUACAAUGAUCGUAGUGAUAAUAGCACACAGAUAACACGUACAAUUCGACGAGAGAAAAUGAAUGUGAAGAUGAUUGUUCAUGAAAAUCUCAUGGAGACAGACAGUGUUAGCCGAUUCAAUUUAAUAUCACGAGAAGACUACUCAUUCCGGCAUGCCAGUUGUUUACAUUUAAGAAACAUGGUCACAAAUGAUAAGAUGAAAUUGAUCUGGCGACGAAAAACUCUAGAAGUUAUUCCAAAUGAUGUCUUAUCCGUUGGCAAACACAUGUAUCAACUACAAUGUGAUGAUACGCCAUUACAAGCUUAUUAUCUUUAUGUUCAACCAGCUGUUCGAUCAUUGGAUAUCGAAGCAUCACAAACAAUCAUCAAAAGUGGACAGUCAGUACAAUUCUCCAUCAUACUCGAGCCUACGAUUGAUCUUACUGUUGUUUUCGAUUGUAAUGCACCUGGAACUCCAUUACAGAUCAUUUACAUUCAAAAUGUAACGGAUAUGUCACCGAUCGUCGUAGCUAAUUGUACCUAUUCUAAAACGGGUCAAUACCAUCCAUUAGUUAGUGCCAACAAUCGUAUUAACUUAGUCAAUCAGUCGAUUCGAAUCGAUGUUGAAGAGCCAUUAUCACAAUUCAAAGUCGAAAUCGAAGAUCGUCAUGAUGUUAAUCAAUUAACAUCAGUUACCAUACGAGCACUAGAGCGCAUUCCAUUUGAAGGGGUCUUUACCUUAACCAUUGUCGAUAGCACGAGUAUCAAUGAGAAAAAUCAAACACGAACUGAACGUAUACAAUUGUUAUCAUCGAAUGACUUCACCGAACAGUUCUAUAUGAAUAUAACCACAUACGGCCGACAAACAGUACAUGUUCGUGGUGGUGAAUUUCCUAACAUACGUGAAGCGCAAACAACCUUUACAAUUGGAACAGACAUCACCGUGAAACCUCAAGUGCAUAUGGUUAAUCAAGUGGCUCUUGUUAAUGAAGAUUUUGUUUGGGUGGAUAUUCAAUGGAUUAACGGAAUCGGUUUUGACAUUCAGGUUGAUUACGGAAAUGUAAAGAAAGUUUUGAUUCGUUACGGACAAAUCAUGGCCAGUCAAAUGAAUCGUAUCAUAAAGAAGAAUGAUGGUGAACAUCAAAUACAAUGGAAGCGUCUUACUCGACAACGAUUUCAAGUUGGAUACAAAUUCAUGAAAGCUGGCACAUAUAAAAUCGAUGUUACUUUCACUCAACCAUCAUCCAAACUUCUAUCUGUCGAAAUCAAAUGUCCAACAGUCACUAUCGUCGAUGGUAUCACUGAACCUGAACGAACAUGCUUCCCCGAACAACAGUUUUCUCUUGUUUCUUCCAAUGCAUUCAAUAAUGUUACAUCUUAUUCACCUGUUUUGCUUCUUCCUUACACUCUUCAACAUAAUCUUGAACCAGUCAUUAUAAGCAACUGUUCAGAACAUGACUUUGUCUAUUCAUUCUAUCUGCUAUCCAUUGAUGCAUCACACUGGAAAUAUUCUCGUACACAACGAUAUUCUCACUCGAUGCAUCAAUCAUUUCAAGAAACAUUUCUCUCGAAAGAUUGCUCUGAACUUGGUCCAAAAUCAACGUUAACAAUCGAACCGAAAUCGCUUUCCCAUGGAUAUUACAUGGCGUCUUUUACUGUGACGACCAGUUCGAAUCCGUUCGAUUUUCGACAAUUUUUUCAACCAAUUGAAAUCAUCCGUUCGGAUUUGGAAACAACCUUUGGUGGAAAUGAUACUUUGACAAAUGAUCACGAUACACUCGAAUUAGAUUUCUACACAGCAACGAUCGAUCCCGAUACAAAAGAAUUCGAUCGGCGAAAAGUUAACUUCACUUUGCUCUGUUAUCCAGAAGUGUUGCAACCAUCGAUUUUCAUUCCCGAUACAAUUCAACUUGGUUCGACACGACCUACAGAAGCAAAUCCACAAAAUCAUAACAAUUGGUUUAUUCAGUGGAACAACUUCUCAUUGGUAACUCGUCGUUCAGAAUUGAAUAUUCAAAUCUAUGAAAAUCAUUGCAUAUUACCCAAUCCGAAACGAGCGAACAACAAACCGGUGAUUCAAUUUGAUCCUAAGACGAAAACGUUCAAUAUCAGCGAACAAGAUCUCGAUUUCAGUAAUGGUACACUCUACUUCUUAUUGAUUAUUCGGCAUUUAAUUGAUGGACGACAACUGAUUGCACGUUUGGAAGUUGACAGACAAAUGAAAAUUGUGUUUGAAACUGAAGAUUUGAGUGCAUUGGAGGACGCCUUGGGCAAUUUGGAUGAUUUAGCUUUGAGUAAUCCGAAAAAGGCUGUCGAAUUGAUUUCAAGUCUGGCUGACAAACUCAACGAGAUGAGUGAUAAUUCUACUACCGGAGAAAUAAGUGAUGCAGAUCGAGAUGCGAUGAACGAACGUAUGGCAUCUAUGCGAUCAAAGAUGUUAUCAUCAAUGGAUACGGUGAUUGAUUCAUCAAGCGAUCCAAAUAUGGUCGACAAAGUGCUCAAAGCUAGUGCGACAGUCACAGCAAAUAGCAAUCAGAUGCCAUUGAAUAACCAAGAAAAAGGCGCUGGUAUUAUUGAAAAAGUCGGUAAUAAAGUGAAAGAAAUGGAAACAGCUGAUGAAAGUACUGUUACUGGUUUAGCGACCUCGUUGAUGGAUGUUGGCGGUAAUGUUCUUCAAGCGGCAUCGAAAACAGUCAAGAAGGAUAAGGACAACGAUCCUGCUGCUGUCAUUGAAAAUCUCGAAGCGGAAAUGAAAGAACCUGAGGAGGAAGAAGAAAUCGAAACGAAAGUUUUGUAUGCCCCAACACAAUUCUAUGAUGAUUGUGACGAGUGUGAUACUUUACCGGAAGAACGAUGGGAAGCAUAUCGAUUAAAACUUGAGGAAGAAAAGAAGGCAAUCGUUAAAGGACGACAACGGGCUUCGAGUAUUGCUAAACGUAGUGCUUCUGGCUUAUUCACAGUUGGCGAUGCUCUAACAAAUCGUUCGUCAGGUGAUGAACCUAAAACAAUCGAAAGCAAAUCCAUGGCAAUGACUUUCACAAAAGCGUCUCCAGAUGGCCAAUCAAGUUUAUCUGCUGGUGAUACGAAUAUUCGAUUGCCUAGUUUCAACGAUCUCAAUUCCGAAUCCGGUGGUUCAAAUGUAUUCACUAAAGUGCUCGAAUCUAAAGAGAAUCCAUACGCAAGUGCAAAUGGUAAUACCGGUGUUCAAGGAAGUGUAGUCACGAUUAUUCUCUCACGUCCCGAUGGAUCUGAAAUGCCUGUCACAAAUACUACCAAACCAAUCUCGAUUCGACUAUCGAGACCAGUCGAUAAACAACCUAAAUAUCAAAUUCAUGAAUCGCACGGCACCACAUUUCGUUAUCAUAAAGUGAAUCUUCCCGAAAAGAAUAUGACCCUAUCGAUUUAUGUUGCUCCGAAUUUUUCACCGAUGGAUAAUUAUGCUGUUUAUGUUUCAUUUGGAGAAAAUGAAACUUUACUAGAACCACCGACAGAAUCGAAAUUUGAUAUGUUAUUUGUUUUGCCAAACCGAACAGCGUUGGGUGAUGUUAGUUUGGAAGACGAACAUGAAAUUCGACAUACAAUCUUCAUGCCGCCGAACGUUCACAAGGGUAAUGGUACAUAUAUAGUUGGUGUCAAAUUACUGAAUGCGAGUACAUCAAUGAAUCUGACAGAAUAUAAUUCGAGUUAUACAGUAAAUAUGUAUGUUUCAAAAUGUCAAUAUUGGGAUGAGAAACGAUUCAUAUGGAGUUCAGAUGGUUGUCAAGUUGGACCAUUAACAACUCUGAAAUCAACAGAAUGUCUCUGCACACAUUUAACAACGUUUGGUAGUGAUUUCUACGUUCCACCGAACACUAUUGACUUCAAAACAGUCUUUACAAAAUUUAAAACACUACAUGAAAAUGCUGCUGUAUUUAGCACGGUCAUCGUGAUCUUUGGUUUAUAUCUUCUUGCAGCGAUCUGGGCAAGACGAAAGGAUAAACAAGAUUUAGUUAAAUGGACAGCCGCACCACUUGUCGAUAAUCUCCCUAUUGAUAAUUAUCACUACUUAAUUACGGUUCAUACGGGCGUAGGAAAAGAAGCGAGCACAACAUCAAAUGUCAGUUUCGUUAUGUCUGGUGAAUCAUCCGAUAGUGGUGUAAGGAAACUAUCAGAUGGUAAAACUCAAGUAAGUUUGCGAAUCAUUAUUUUGUACUGGGAACAGAUUGUGUUUCCAUUUCGAAUGCUUGCACACUGCUAG